GGGGGGGCCGGCCCCGGUACGGCGGCCGGGAGGGACCGGGAGGGACCGGGAGCCACCGGCGCCGGGCGGAGCCAUGGAGGUGCAGUCCUACUACACCAAACUGCUGGGGGAGCUGAACGAGCAGCGCAAGCGGGACUUCUUCUGCGACUGCAGCAUCAUCGUGGAGGGCCGGAUCUUCAAGGCGCACAAGAACAUCCUGUUCGCCAACAGCGGCUACUUCCGAGCGCUGCUCAUCCACUACAUCCAGGACAGCGGCCGCCACAGCACCGCCUCCCUCGACAUCGUCACCUCCGACGCCUUCUCCGUCAUCCUGGACUUCCUCUACUCCGGGAAGCUCGACCUGCGCGGCGAGAACGUGAUCGAGGUGAUGUCGGCCGCCAGCUACCUGCAGAUGACCGACGUGGUCAACUUCUGCAAGGCCUACAUCAGGUCCUCCCUGGACAUCUGCAGGAAGAUGGAGCGGGAGGCGGCUCUCUACCAGGCGGACAGCGGGAGCUCGGCCAGGGAGGGCCCGUCCCUCGGGCUCAGGGGUCAGGGCGCUGCCCCUGGCUCGUCCCUGCAGGACGAGGAAGGGGUUCCGGGCUGCCAGCGGGACCCCCCGUGCGGGGACUGCAGCGGCUGCCACCCCCUGGAGCUGGUGGUGCGGGACCCCCGGGAUGGGGGGAACCCCUCGCUGCCCGGGGGGGUGGAACCCAAGGUGGAGUUGGAGCCCGAUGACGAAGGGGAGGCGGAGGAGAGGCUGCCCCCGUGCCCCGCCCCGCUGUCCCUGGAGCACGGGGAGGAGGGGCAGCCCGUGGACCUGGCCUGCAACAGCUACCACAUGAAGCAGUUCCUGGAGGCCCUGCUGCGCAACAGCUCGGCCCAGAGGAAGGAGGACGUGGUGGUGCAGCACUUGGUGAGGGGGUUGGAGGGCAGGACGGAGGACGCAGGGGUGGCCGUGAGCUCCAUGGUGGACAUUCACAGCGACUGGUAUGGUGAGGACACAGGUGACGUGCUGGUCGUGCCAAUCAAGCUGCACAAGUGCCCCUUCUGCCCCUACACGGCCAAGCAGAAGGGCAUCCUGAAGAGGCACAUCCGCUCGCACACCGGGGAGAGGCCCUACCCCUGCGAGACCUGUGGGAAGCGCUUCACCCGCCAGGAGCACCUGCGGAGCCACGCCCUGAGCGUUCACCGCUCCAACAAGCCCAUCAUCUGCAAGGGCUGCAGGAGGACCUUCACCAACAGCCUGUCCCCGGGGCUGCGGCGCUUCGGGCUCUGCGACAGCUGCACCUGCGUCACCACCACCCACGAGGACCCUGCGCCCAUCAACCUCAGCCUGGUGGAGACGGCCUCGGAGGGCCAGGACAAGGGGGAUGCCGACAGUGACUGGCCCAUCUACGUGGAGUCCGGCGAGGAGAACGACCCGGCCGACGAGGAGGAGGAGGGCGAUGACAAGCGGGAAAUCCACAGGAGUUUGUCGGACAGGGAGUCGCUGAUGUAGCAGUGGGAGAGGGAGCACGGGAGAGACUGCUCGUUAGCCCCCAGUUUGGUGACACUGUGCUGGGUUUUUAUUCUUUUUUUUCUCAGUGGGAAUUUUUAAUGCUUUUUUAAGUUUUCAGUGCUGUGCACCAGAAGUCUGUGCAGGGUUUCCUGUCUGGGCUUCGCAGAGCUUGGACUUGAGUGAUUUCUCUGCCUCUCUGGUUUUGAUUUUGCAGGUGGAACAUCUCGGUGUUGCUUUGAUGACAGGUUUCUUCAAGCAGUGCUGUUGUGGUCCUCAAUCCCUGUCCUGAAUGGGGCACCACCUUCUCUCUGAAGAUGACAUGAAAUGUAGUUUACAUCUCUUACCUUGGGACUUUUUAAUUAAACUGUGAUCCUUCUGUGCUAGGACAGAAUUACCUAAACUGUAAACCAGGAGUGUUUGCUCGGGCUGGGUCUGACCUGGAAACCAGGGCAGAAAAACCAGGAUAACAAAAAUAUGCUGCUGCUGAAAGGGUAGACAGUAGGAAUAGCUGUACUUCACGUGUCCUUAACUGCAGGAUUUCGGAGAUCAAGUUUCUCUUCCUGAAUUUUUACUGCAUCUUACCCCAGUUAUUUAUUUCUUUUUAAAAAACCCAAACCCUCCAUUGUUGACCUCCUGUUUCUUUGCUGGGAUAGCUCAAGGUUUUCAAAGGGUGAGAUUUGUUACCUUUUCAGUAGCCAGUUGAUAUAAGCUAUCAAAAAACCAGGCUGGGAAGCUUUGGAUGAAAACCCACCACCAACAGAAAGCCUGUUUGCUUUUAGGGGUGACCUCCUGUUCCCUAAGGAGGGGACAAAACUGAGAUUAUACUGUGAAAUAUGACUGUUAAUGCUUCUUUACCCUGCUGUUCAUAAGUGUUCCACGAAAAGGCAAAUUUUGUGAGUCCUUCUAGCUGGAGCAAAGGCUGGACCAGAAGUCUGCAGACAGAUUUGGCUGACGAAGAACGAGCAGUUCCUCCCACUUAAGACAAGUGUUUCUUGAGGCUUUUGGAGUAAAGAGUUCACUCUUGGCAAACCUAAAAAAAAAAAAACACAAACAAAGAGGAUGUCUGUGCAGGGAUGUCUGCAGAGACCUUUUUUCCUUCAACCUGCUGUCUCUUUGGUCUUAGAGAUUGUUCUUGUGUGUCUUUGUGCCUAGAGAAUGGAGCUGGGAGGGGUGAGGGGAGGGGGGGGUUGGCUGUGCACAUUCCACGUGGAAAGUCCCCACCAAACUCGUGUUUCCUGUUGGAAUUGUCAUAUUGUGCUGCUUUGUUUCCUAUGGAGUCCUUCAGCCUUUGUGGUAGAAGAGGAUAAAUAGUUUAUCCACAUUCUUGUGAGACCUGGGGGGGGAGGGGGAUGUUCACGUAAAUCUGUUUUUCUUGUGCUUUCCACUUCGUUUUUUGGGUGUUUUUCCCUGAAAUCUUCCGUUGUAGAUGCAGCCUCUACGAGCUUUGAGAAGAUGAUGCAGCUGUUUUGAAAUGGUGCUCGAUGGAGAAUCCAAAAUAACGUUUUUAGGGAAGUUAUUUCCGAUACAAUCUCUUUCUCAAAGGUUUCUGAAGGCCGUGCAGGGCGACAUUAUCUUCCAGUCUUAGCUCGAUGUACUUGACUUUGUUUAGGAAUGUACAUUUUAAUGUAUUUUUGCACAUGACUGCACUGUAUUUCACUGGAGGAAUACAUGCUGCACUGGGAUUUGGAGCUCAUUUUAACCUCUUGGUGCAAGCCCUUGUAAAUCUUCCAGACGUGGUCAUUUGGUUUCCUGAUGUUUUGUAAGACAGUUUCAUAACUGAAGUCCUUUAGUCCAGUUACAAUGACAAAUUCUUAUAAAACUGAACCUUCUUUGUAGAAGUGACUGAACUAUAUUUGUGGAUCUUGGAGCAUUCUGGAGUUUUUUUGAUUGUCUAGAAAAUAAAACUCUCCGAGAGGGUUGCUUUGA